AUGAACGGCAUGAGCUACUAUCCUCGCCAGUAUACCAGCGAGGAUCUUCAGCGGCUACAGGCCGGCAACAACGGCGGUAUGAUGGACAUGCUGGGCCCGAACGGCUUACAGUCGCCCGGCGUGGCUACAGCCCAGUCGCUGGACGACAUUGUCAGCUCGAACUCAGAUGCGAUGCGAAGACGGAGCAUGCCGUUGCACUAUGGCAACGCAUCGAACCCCCUCGACGCCAACCUACGGCGAGUGUCGAUGAUGGAAUUUAGCGGCGCAUCUUCUGGCGGAGCGUUGGACGCUUUCCAGUUCAGCCCGUCACCUAGAGACGGUAUGGAUGACACGCAGGGCUUUGUGGGCGUCGAAGGGUCGCAUCCCCGGCGAAGUGGAGAGAGACGCCGUUCUGGGGGAAACCUGAUACUCGACACGCAGUUCCCGAAUCAGGGGUCGCCAUAUGCUAAUAUCCCCCCUCCUGGAUCUGCAUAUGCAUCCCCCAUGCAUACCAAUGCAGCUUUCGAUCUCGACAUGACCAAUCCGUACAUACCUACCAGCCUAUCAAUGUCCAUGGACCUGACGGGUUCGGCGCUACCUAAUUCGAUGAUUCCCAAUCAAGUCACGCCUCCCUUGAAUAUGUUUUCUCAGCAACAGUUCCAGUCCCCCAUUAUACAUUCUCCUUUGCAUCAGAGCUUCUCUGGGUCGAUACAAGGACCUCCUCAGGACCCAGGCGGCGGCAACGCGGACCGCAAGGAGCAGUUUGCGAAGCCAGAUAGUCAGAUUACAAGACCGGACUUGCAAAGCUCACGAACCACCAGUGGAGAGCAAAGUAUCAGAUCAACAUCUCGCCGGCAAAGUGGGAGUGCCUCCACUCAGGGGCAACCGGUGCAGGCAGAGAGCCAUUCGCAGGGCUCUGACCCUUCGUCUCAGAUAAAGCAGCAUUUGGAUGACAUGGAUCCAAGCAAGUUUCCCUGGCAACUACCACAAAGCAGUCUUCCAUCCACCAUGAAUCAGAAUCCGCACACGAACCAUACCCAAUGGAAGAAUAUAUACUCAUCCACCGGGUUUGAUAUGCUUGGCGUACUGAUGCGAGUGGCCACAAGGCCGCACCCUGAAAUCAACAUAGGCUCCGUCGACAUGUCCUGUGCCUUCGUGGUCUGCGACGCCGAAAAAGACGACAACCCCAUUGUAUACUGUUCGGAGAACUUCGAGCGACUCACCGGAUACAACAAGCACAUGAUCCUUGGACGGAACUGCCGGUUUCUGCAAUCACCGGACGGCAAAGUUGAGGCGGGCGUGAAGCGAAAAUACGUUGACGACAAUUCAGUCCUCUAUCUCAAAAACAUGAUCAAUUUGAGGAAGGAAGCUCAGAUUAGCUUGAUCAACUACCGUAGAGGCGGACAACCUUUCAUGAAUCUGCUCACUAUGAUCCCAAUCACAUGGGAUACGGACGAGGUGAAGUUUUUUGUGGGUUUCCAGGUCGAUCUUGUGGAGCAGCCAAACUCGGUCACCAACAGGAAUCCUGAUGGGUCCUGUUCAAUCAACUAUCAGCGUGGUUUCAGUAUUCCGAGGUACACUAUACCUGCUCCGGAAAAUACUGGAGCAAUGGACCUCGGCCAGACUGUCCCACGAGACGACGUUUCAACCGUACUAAGCACGAUUGGUACGGGCGAAUCCGAACUAUCACGGCGAAUCUGGGAUAAGGUUGUGCUAGAGAACACCGACGAUGUUGUGCACGUGCUGUCACUGAAAGGCCUGUUCCUCUACCUUUCGCCGGCAAGUCGAAAGGUUUUGGAAUACGAGCCGAGCGAGCUGGUUGGCACUGCGCUGUCCUCCGUCUGUCAUCCUAGCGACAUUGUUCCGGUAACGCGGGAACUCAAAGAAACUUCGAACGGAGCCUCGGUCAACGUCGUCUUCCGCAUCAGGCGAAAGCAUAGCGGAUACACGUGGUUCGAAGGACACGGUUGCCUGCACACGGAACAGGGCAAGGGCCGCAAGUGUAUCAUCCUCGUUGGGCGCGAGCGGCCUGUAUAUGCCCUCAGCAAGACCGACGUCGUAGCGGCUGGAGGCAUUGGCGACAACGAGCUGUGGAUGAAGAUGUCGACUUCCGGAAUGUUCCUCUUCGUCUCGUCCAACGUUCGGCAGCUGUUGGACAGGCAGCCAGACGAGCUUGUCGGCACAAGCAUCCAAGUACUAAUGCGACAGGACUCGAAGCAGAAAUUCGGGCGGAUCCUAGAGCUUGCACGCGCUGGAAGAAAGGCUCAGAUCAAACAUGAAAUGAUCAACAAGCGUGGUCAAGUCCUUCAGGCGUUCACGACACUCUACCCAGGAGAUGCAGUGGAGGGCCAAAAGCCGACUUUCAUCGUGGCGCAGACCAGACUGCUGAAAUUCUCGCGAGGCGGGAGUGGCGCGGCACAGAGACCGCCGCUGUAUCACAGGCCGGAACAGGAGUCCAGCGGCUCGAUAAAUUCGCUGCCAUCGACGGCGUCGCACGGUACUGGCAGGAUGCCCAGUACGCUUGGCAGCGAAAGCACGCUAGCUUCAGGCAUAUCCGGCAGCCAAUUUGUCUCGACGGAGGGCGCUCCAGCGACGUUCGCCGGACAUAACGGUCUUGCCAUCGGACAUCAAGACGAAAGCUUAGCCUCGGAGGAGAAUGUCUUCGACGAGCUCAAAACCACGCGUAGCACAAGCUGGCAGUAUGAGUUGCGACAGAUGGAGAAGCGUAACCGGUUGUUAGCGGAAGAGGUACAGAGUCUGCUCGCAGCGAAGAAGAAGCGGAAGAGGAGAAAGGGCGCGGGCCAGCUGCAGAAGGACUGCGCAAACUGCCACACCAGAGUGACGCCGGAGUGGAGGAGGGGACCGAGUGGGAACAGGGACCUCUGCAACAGCUGCGGCCUGCGAUGGGCCAAGCAGAACGGCCGUGUCUCUCCCCGCACCUCGUCACAGCAAUCCGUCCAAUCCGCCCACAGCGACAAGGCAAGCAAAGCCUCGGCCGGAGACACCUCGCCACAGCAUGCGAAUGUAAGAUUGCCAAACUCCAACGAAAUUGGCCAGUCAACCAUGCCCUCGACGGUGCAGACGACCGAUCCCAAGCUGAGCGCGCAGCAGGCUCAGAACGACAGCCAUGCUGCCAAGGUCGCGAGGAUGGAGGUCCAGGCGAGCCAGGGUUUCGCGGGCGGCAUACCGCCUAAGAUUGAUGAGGAUGUGGAGCCGGAUUGA